GUUGUGUGUGUGUACGUGUCCGGCAAAGAAGUUUCGGUCAUAGUGGACCCUGUGUCCAUUUUUUGGCGAAAUUCCUGCAUUCUAUUGGUUAAUGCCCCAAAAGUCAUAAGAAGUUUCAACACUGAAAGAGAUCCUUUCAAGAAAAGAGAGAUGUCGUCGACUUCUCAAAAGCACCGGAAAUUCGUGGGGGAACCCAUGAGGAACAAGGACGUUAGGGAGCUGGCGGGGAUCGGGCGUUUCUACGGACAGAGGCUGAAAACCAAGGGGUUCGGCAAGGCGAGGAGUGUUCUAGGCCAGUACCUGGUCCUCAACGGUGAUGACUUCAUGGACUGGCUCGGCGGGGCCUGCUACGCCACCCCCAAGCAGCAGCGGGACUGCUUAGAAUGCCUAAAGGAGUGGUGCGAGCAACAUCUUUAGGACCUUCACCCGGUUCAGGGAUCUUUCGCACCAGAGAUCCAAAAAAAAAAUUAUAUUACUAAGAUGUAAUGUUGCAAAUGAUAAUCCUUUGUGUACCAAGUUUGGAG